UUAUGUUCAAAUAAUCCAUCUUUUCGUAUAAAAUAAAUAAUAUCAGGUUGUCCUUGAUUUAUUAAUGUCAUUUUAAAAUUUCCAUCCUUACUAGAUUCUAGCAAUAAGCAACUUUGGGUAACUUCUAAAGCUUCAUGCAAAUUCUAAAGUUUUUGUUGGAAGGUACUCUUGAUCACAAAUAAUUCAAAUGGUAAACAUUCAGAAAACAAACGAGUCAGUUUAUUCUAUAGAAUUUUACAGUAUACUUAAAAAGAAGUUUGGUUUGAAACACUCCACUGUCUUUCAGGGGACGGAUGGUUUGGAAGCUGCCAUCACUGAGAUCAAAGAAUGUAAACAUCAAAUCUGAGUGAGAGAUCGGGAAAUCGAAUCCAUGAUAAAAGAGACAAACCAACUGGAGAUCAAAAUCAACAAUGUGCUAGAUGAGAAUGAAGACCUACGAGAACGCCUUGGAUUAAAUCUGAAGGAAGAACUGGAUUUGAAUGAAUUCCAGAGAUCAAAGGUUUUGAAGCAGAGACCGUACAAAGCAGAGAACCAGAUCCUGCUGAACGAGUGUCUGGAGAAGGAAAGGCUCGAGCUGAAACAAAACAUUCGUGCAGUGGUGAAGGACUAAGGUGAGAAAUUAUCUCCAAGAUGAUGCAUAUCAGUUACAUACACAUGUCCUAUUCACAUGAACCUCAAUAGUUAGUAGUUCACUGCUUGAUGACAGUGUUGAAGAAAAGCCCAGCAGAUCUUUUAGCGAGAGGCCUGUUUCUCGAUCCACCAAUGAAGAGAUGAAACG